UAAUGUCCGUGGUGACCGGCGCAUAGGCAAACCUUUUCAGCCCAUCUUUGUUUUCUCCCUUCAUCUUUUUCUACCUGCACAGCUACAGAGUAUCCAACAAAAUGCAAUCAGCGUAUCUAUGGUCUCAACAGCGGCUCACGCUCACGCCUCCCCUCACGAUCCCGACGCUCGGUGUCGCCCCUCCCAACACACCGUCGCCUUCGCCUUUCGCUAGAUAUGGCGAGCUUUAUCAAUUCGGCGGUCUUGUGCACGAUACCGUGCGCAAUGAGCUCUAUCUGCUGUCAACGCGAGACUUGUCGGCAACGCUUUUGCAGACGGCGGGAGAGAUUCCCUCGCCUAGGGUGGGACAUGCGAGUGCAUUGAUCGGGUAUGUGCUUAUCGUCUGGGGUGGUAACACAAAGAAUAGCGGGGCAAGCUCGGGGGACGAGCAAGAUGAGAGACUGUACCUGUUGAACCUUGGUAUGUGCCAUGCUGCUUAUCUGCCCAAGACUGCACUUACCAAAACGUUGAUUACAGUUUCGCAAGAGUGGACACGUGUAGCUGUCUAUGGCCCGGCGCCAUCGACGGCGAGUAACUUGAAUGAUCUGUGGGCUUUUGACUUGAAUACUCAACUGGUCGAGCCCGCGGAAGGCUCGCCGAGGCCAGCGCAGCAGACCGGCCAUAUUUGUGUAACUUACGAGAACAAGAUUGUCCUUUUCGGCGGUACAGACUGCGAGUAUCACUACAAUGACACAUGGAUGUUUGACACGAUGAUGAGUAGGGGAUUGGAUGGAAAGGAUUUGGGCGACCUUGGCGCUUUCAAGAUAUCCAACCAGCGAUGGUAUAUGUUUCAGAAAAUAGGUUCGGCACCGAGCCCUCGUUCUGGGCAUGCUAUGGCCUCCGUGGGCUCGCGGGUGUUUGUGCUUGGUGGUCUCGGAGGAGAGCCCGUGGAUCCAAACAUCAUACCUGUCUUGGAGACUGAGAAUAUAAAGUAUCCAAGCCGUUCUUGAAGUCGAAGAAUUAAGGCCCUGGAAAUGUCACUUUGGGUUAGAGAAUCGUGAGGGAAAUUGACAGACGAUUACGGCAUAGAGCAAUGCAAUUGAA